UGACAACAGUGCGGGGCUUCGCCAUCGCCCUCUCUGUGUGUGUGUGUGAGAGAGACUCUCUCCCUCUCGGACCGCCCUGGGACCCGGCCAGGACAACCACCUAGUUGCCAAAAUGGCGACUGUCUCUGACUUGUAUUCAUCGACUGAUGCUACUUGUCGAGUCUCAGUGGAGAAUGUUUCCCAGAAGUCGUCGAGUUCCAAGGUGUCGACAUCUCCAUCUGACAAUUACUACCUGGCCCGCAGGCGAACACUACAGGUGGUGGUUAGUUCCCUGCUCACUGAAGCGGGCUUCGAAGCUGCUGAGAAGGCUGCCGUGGAAACGCUGACCGAAAUGCUGCAGAGUUAUCUUUCUGAAAUUGGUCGCAGUGCUAAAGUUUAUUGUGAACAUUCGGCAAGAACGCAGCCGACCUUGUCAGAUGUGGUGGUCACUCUGGCAGAAAUGGGUUUCAACGUGGAUAAUAUUCAAGCUUACGCCAAGCGUUCACAGAGGAUGGUGAUCACUGCUCCUCCUGUUACAAAUACUCCAGCGACUCCCAGGGCACUGUCUACAGGACAGAAACGAAUCCAUCCUUCCUACAUCCCAGGGCACUUUCCAGAAUUCCCAGAUCCUCACACCUACAUUAAGACACCGACGAUCAGAGAGCCCAUGUCCGACUACCAGGUGUUGCGGGAGAAAGCUGCCUCCCAGAGACGAGAUGUGGAGCGAGCACUCACCAGAUUCAUGGCCAAAACAGGAGAGACCGAGAGCCUGUUCAAAGAUGACGUCUCAACCUUCCCUUUGAUUGCUGCACAGACAACCACUAUUCCUUAUCUAAACGCCUUGCUCCCAUCGGAACUUGAACUCCAACAGAUGGAGGAGACGGAUUCGUCUGAACAGGAUGAUCCGACUGACACUGAGAAUGUUCCUCUAAAUAUGAAUGCCGAUGAAUUAUCUGCUGAGAAGGAAAACUCCAUAUUGCAGCAGAAUUCGGGUUUAUCCAUCAAUAAGAUCAUCGAAGAGCCCAUGAUCGAUAACCCGUACCUUAGACCAGUUAAAAAGCCCAAGGUCCGGAGGAAGAAGUGAGGAGCGAGGAAACCCGAAGAUCACUUGGUGGAACACUGUGCGUUGAAAGGAUGCGGAAAGUUUAAGCUAUCCUCCAACGCAUUAUGAACUGUGGACUGCAAGCCCAAUGAAAUGGUGGCCCUGAAAUAUAUUCUCAACAAGGCUGUUCAAAUUCAGUUCAGCUGUGUCGAAUCUGAAUAGCCAAUAUAUCAAACCAGAAUUUUCUGCACCACCUUUCUGGUGAAAUAAAACGUUCUCUUGUUGUCCAUUUAAAAAAAAAAACUGCUUGAAAUAUGUUGCAGAACUGAUGGAUGUGUUUGAUCUUUGUAUGGGGAUCAUUUGCAACACGUAAGCCCACUUGGUUUACCAAUGUGGUUUAAUAAUUACAUUGCCUGUCCAAUGCCAACUAUAUUUUUCCUGCUGUUCAUCACAGGUUAUUGUACCUCCAAAUAAAUUAAAGUUUUUUUUUAGAACCGC